UGAACUCUUUUCCCAUUUCUAAACCAAGAAAAAACAGAGCUACGCUCUAUUCGCGGAGAGAGGUAGCGAAAAUGGAGGAAGAUGGGUUUGAGGGAGAGCCGAAUGAAGUGGAGUUUGGCACUUGCUUGAGUAGCUACAUCGACAAUGGCACCACUGAAAGCCACAGAUACUUUCUUUCUCGCAGAACAGUCUUGGAGAUGCUUAGGGACCGAGGUUACACUCUCAACUCCUCUGAUAUCGACCUCUCUCUUCAACAAUUCCGAGAAAUUUACGGUCAAUCCCCCGACGUUGAUCGCCUUAAACUAUCCGCCGUUCAUCGCUCCGAUCCCUCCAAAAGAGUCCUCGUGAUAUUUUGUGGGACUGGUGCUGUGAAAGUUAAUGCUAUUCGCAAUAUUGCUGGCCAAAUUGCUAAUAAGGACUCUUUGCAUGGUCUCAUUCUAAUUGUGCAAAAUCAAAUUACAAACCAGGCCAUGAAAGCAGUUGAGCUUUUCUCGUUCAAGGUUGAAAUAUUCCAGAUUACUGACUUGCUCGUCAAUAUCACAAAGCAUGCGUUAAAGCCAAACCAUCAAGUACUAUCGGAGGAAGAGAAACAAAAACUUUUGCAACAAUACAGUAUAGAGGAAAAACAGCUUCCUCGUAUGUUACGUAUGGAUGCUGUUGCUCGAUAUUAUGGACUUGAGAAAGGGCAGGUUGUGAAAGUGACUUACGAUGGCGAUAUGACUAGGUCACAUGUAACUUAUCGUUGUGUUUGGUGAUGGCCUAUCAACACAGGUUUUGCCAAUCAUCUUUUGGAUUUCCCACCCCCCCCCCAUAACGUGAUUAGUUUUUAUCUUAAACAUCUAUGUUCCAGAACUUCUUGUAUUUACUAGGCCUCCAGUGCAGAUUUUAUAAUUAUGGGCUUCUGCAAGAAAUCUGUAUCCACAAUUACUGCAGACAUGCACACAAGGUACUUGUAAACUCCCUUCCUCCCCUGUCCCAGGAUAUUCUUAAAUAUGCAAGCUAUGUAUGAAAGAAAACGACUGAAGCUAGUUGUAGGAGAUAUAUUUAUAUCUUUUUCAGUCCUUCAUGUUGGAUUAUGAUAACUUUUAAUAUUUGUUUUGGAUGGCAAGAGAAAUAUGCUUGGAAAAGAGGAGAAACACUCAAAAUUUUAAAAUCAA